AUGGUGUCGUCACGCGCAACCACUAAAGUUAUCGUUGUUGGAGGAGGAGGUACCAUGGGAUCUUCAACAGCACUGCACCUGAUACGAGCCGGAUAUACCCCCUCAAACAUUACGGUGCUCGAUGUGUAUCCAAUCCCCUCUGCGCAAUCCGCAGGGUAUGAUCUCAACAAGAUAAUGGGGAUCCGGCUACGCAACCGACCGGAUCUGCAACUUUCACUUGAGGCUCUGGAUAUGUGGACCAAUGAUCCACUGUUUAAGCCUUUCUUCCACAAGGUCGGAAUGAUUGAUUGCUCAUCAUCGGACGACGGGAUCGCAAACCUCAAGCGGAAAUACCAAUCACUUAUCGAUGCGAACAUUGGCUUGGAGAAGACGAAUUGGUUGUUGGAGACCGGGGAGAUCCUAGAAAAAGUCCCGGCGUUUACAAAAGACCAAGUUCAAGGGUGGAAAGGCUUGUUUUGUGGUGAUGGUGGCUGGCUUGCUGCAGCCAAGGCCAUCAAUGCGAUUGGACAAUUUCUUAAAGAUCAAGGAGUUAAUUUCGGGUUUGGCAAGUCCGGUACCUUCAAGCAACCACUUUUUGCUGCCGACGGAAGUACUGUGAAUGGCAUUGAGACGAUUGAUGGAACCAAAUAUUAUGCCGACAAGGUCGUUAUUGCUGCCGGUGCCUGGACUUCCACCUUAGUAGAUUUGGAGGAUCAGUGUGUUUCAAAGGCCUGGGUAUUUGCUCACAUUCAACUUACACCGGAAGAAGUGGAAAAGUACAAGAACAUUCCAGUAGUGUACGAUGGGGAAUAUGGCUUCUUCUUUGAGCCUAACGAACAUGGAGUAAUCAAAGUGUGCGAUGAAUUCCCCGGGUUUUCUCGCUUCAAGCAACACCAGCCUUAUGGUGCAUCUUCUCCCAAGAUGAUCUCUGUCCCUCGCUCCCACGCGAAGCAUCCUACAGAUACCUACCCAGAUGCCUCUGAGGAAACGAUUCGAAAGGCAAUUGCCAGGUUCUUGCCUCAAUUCAAGGACAAGGUGCUCUUCAAUCGGUCCAUGUGCUGGUGCACCGAUACCGCCGAUGCCAAUUUACUGAUCUGCGAGCACCCGAAGUGGAAAAACCUCAUUCUAGCCACGGGUGACAGUGGUCAUAGCUUUAAGCUUUUACCAAACAUUGGCAAGCACGUUGUUGAGCUCAUAGAGGGCGCUCUCCCGUCAGAAUUGGCUGAUGCGUGGGCUUGGAGACCUGGUGGUGAUGCUCUGAAGUCUCGACGCGGGGCUCCUGCAAAAGAUCUUUCUGAUAUGCCUGGCUGGAGACAUGAUGCGAAGAUAUAA